UUGAAACUGGAGCAUUUCAGGAAGGAGAAGCAUUCUGCGCAAAGAAGGCAAGAGUUUCAAGAGACAGAUCUCAGUGCUGCGUCUCCGCAGUCAGCAGCUGGAGGACGAGAACGGGCUGCUGUCGGAGAACGCCAGAAUGCAGCAGGAGUGGAGGGGUGGAGCCAACAGCUGGGGGAACUGCUCAGACAGAGUGAGAGACAGGAGGCUGUCAGAGACCAGCAACGUACUGACCUGGGGAUGAGAGGAUGAAGAUGGCAGUGUGUGUGUCUGCCCUGGAGGCGGYGCUGARCAACGCUGUGGAAGGGACUGUACUUCUAGAGGAGGGCAAGGCCCAGCUGGUGCUACAACUCAACACCCUCGGAGAUAAGGUGGCUAAGAUGGGGGCUGUAGAGUGCCAGCUCUCUCUCCUCCUGCAGGAACGCAAAGCUUUGGAAAAACACACCCAGGGAUUACGCAACCAGCUAGCCAAGUCUCAYGAGAGGAACCAGGUGUUGGAGGAAAGUCUUCCGUCUGUUAACCUCCAGAGCGCCCGUCUCAAGUCAGACCUCCGCGUGUCACAGCAGGAGAAGGACGCCCUCAAACAGGAAGUGAUGUCACUGCACAAACAGCUGCAGAACGGCAACGAUAAGAACCAGGUUCUGGAGAUGGCCCUGCACUCCAGCGGAUACCUUAGCCAGCACAAGAAGCUGUACCAGGACGAGCUGGCCAGGCUGGUGGAACAGGAACAGCAGCUGCUGAGGCAGGAGAACGAGAGGCUGACCAUGGAGCUCCACCACACCAGGGAAAAGCUGGAGGCAGCCAUCUUAACCGUGAAGCAGCAGAAACAGCAGGGCCAGUCCAGCUUGGGGAAGACUGUAGAACAGGAGAAGACUGCUCUGAAAGAGAGCUGGACCGGAUGCAUCAGGAGCUACUCUCUGCUCAGAACAAGGUGUGUGAGGUUCAGCGAGAGCUGGAGAGUCUACGUCAGAGAUGAGGGGCUGAAAGACCCAACAGGUUCCACUACAGGCCUGGCUCUGGAGGUCAGUUCCUGCCAACCUUCCCUAACUUCUCCUUCACUUGUACUCUGGACUUUAAUCUACCUGUCAAACAUCUGCCCAGCUGGGUGGUCUGCUGCCCCCCUCCCCUCGCUGUACCCCAUGGCUCUGGUGAGUGAAGGACGAGAACACUGUCGGAAGAACGACCACAACCCAGAGGACAUACAGGAUGAGAGGGCGAUGAUGAUAAUGAUGAAGAUGGAGGAACGUAUGAGGGAGAUCGAACUAUCGCUGCAUAACGUCAAGCUGCUUCUCAAAGAGAAGGUCUCCCAACUGAAAGAUCAGCACCACAAGAACGGUAAAGCUGAUUUGUUGAUCAAGGACCUGUACGUGGAGAACGCCCAGCUGCUGAAGGCCUUGGAGAUGACCGAGCGGAGACAGAAAGUAGCAGAGAAGAAGAACUACCUCCUGGAUGAGAAGAUCUCCAGCCUCAACAAGAUAGUCAGAGACCUGAGCCCCUCACCCCUACCCACAAUGCCCUACCAUUUUACCUGUUCCUCACACUCCACCUGAG